GUAUAUCUGUUAUUUUAUUUGUUUAUGUUUCGCGAUAAACAAAAUUGCAUAUUGCCAAAUUGCUCUUCCGGUUUAAUAAAUGAGCUAAAAAGUCUUAACUAUACGCCUAAAGCAUACAAAAUAGAUACAAAUUGAAAAACCAAUAAGAUAGCAGAGCGUUCUUAAAUAUGGUAGAUAUUCCUAAAAAUGAAGUUCAAAGGAAUGUGCUUAGCCGAACGGAUUCCAUUGAGUCAAGUGACUCAGAGUCUGACAGCUAUGGUGAAGAGGAGCCAUACAAAAACAUAAGGGAUUUAAGCAUAAGUGAAGUGAAUGAAGAAAACAUAGAUUCUUCAGUUGAACAAUUGCUUAGAAAUAUUCCUUCCACUUCCUUCGGCGAUGUAAAUAUUAAUAACUCUUCAAAUGUGGUUUUGGGAAAUAUUAUUAAAAUUAAAGGAGAUUUGAUAAUAAACACAAACCACAAAGAAUGUAACAACGAUCACAAUAAGAAGAAAGAAAACGAACGAAAUGAGGUCAUACAUAUGAAACAACAAGUAAAUUUGAAUAAACCAGAAUCCGAAACUGUUGAACAUUUUAUUACGCGAUCCCGAUGGGGUGCUAUGGAUCCAGCUGAAGAUUACACUUACACAGAGGAGCCUAUGGACGUUGUUAUAAUUGCACACACAGCUACAAACAGUUCGACUGAGACUUUAGCAAACAUGGUUAUCGUACGCGAUAUUCAGGCUUUCCACAUUGGAGAACAAGAUUGGAGUGAUAUUGGAUAUAACUUUUUAAUUGGAUGCGAUGGAAAAAUCUACGAAGGUCGAGGUUGGGGAGUUGUUGGAGCCCACACUUAUGGUUAUAAUAAAAUAUCAAUUUGCAUUGCAUUUAUUGGUUGUUUUUUAAGUAAGCUUCCCACUCCCGCUGCACUGAAUGCCUGCAAAACAUUAUUGAACAUGGGCAUUGCUGAGGGACAUUUAACUUCCAAUUUUAAAUUGAUGGGUCAUCUGCAGUGUAUUAACACCCAAAGUCCAGGACGAAAACUAUAUAAAGAAAUUCAAACAUGGGAACAUUUUUAUCUCAAAGAACAGACUCAAACAUAAGGGGGAAAACUUUCUUAUAUGUGCAUGUUAUUUUAUUAUACCCACCACCGUAGGAUAUAUUCAUUUAGUCAUAUAUAUUUCGGAUCGUCGUAAAAUUCUAAGUUGAUUGAACGAUGUCCGUGUGUCUGUUCGUCUGUCCGUCCGUCUGUUGUAAUCACUCUAUAGCCGGCUGAACUUAAUGCAUUUUUACUUGUUUUAAAUUUUGUUUCAAACUUGAAUGUUUUAAAAAAAUCAGGAAAAGCCUAUUUUAUAAAUAAAAUUCAUAUUUUGAAAAAAUCGA